AUGAGGGAGCCUCGCCCCCCCUGCUCGCCGCGCCGCCCCAGCUCGGCGCGCCAGCCGCCCACCACCCGUGCCCGCGCGGACCUCCACCGCCGUCCGUUGUCGUGGGCCUGUGCACCUCCGCCCGUCCGUCGUCGGGGGCCCUGCGUCGCGGAAUCGAGCCGCCGCCGCCCGGAGCCGAGGGUGGGAGGAUGUCGGGAUCCGGCCGGCCGGCUCGCAGGAGCAGAUGGUUGGGGUCCCGCCGCCGUGGCUCGGCCGCCACGCGUGUCCGGCGGCGAGGCCACGGUGAUCGUGGACACGGCCAGUGAGCUGACCUGGGUGCAGUGCGUGCCAUGCGACUCGUGCCACGACCAGCAGGAGCCCCUCUUCGACCCAUCCUCGUCGCCGUCCUACGCCGCGGUACCGUGCGACUCGCCCUCCUGCGAUGCGCUGUGA